AUGGCUUCUGGCAAUGCGCCAACCAUAGAGACUGGCCCAGAGGUGCAAGAGGUGGAGACAGAGCACUUGGGCUUCAAAGUGCUGGCACAGGGCAAGGCAGGACCCAAAAAGGUCAAGAUCCUCCCACCAUGGCCCGCCCAUCAGCUUCCAAACACCUCCGCCACCCUCCUCUCCAUAUCCUCCAAGCAGGGCCUCUUAGCCGCCGCCGGCCCAGGCACCCUCAUCGUCACCUCGACCGAAGGCGUGCGAAAAGCCUACCAGAACCAGACUCUCUCCGAGACCAUCACAGACGCAGGUGAUGCCCGACUCGAGCAGCGCGAUCUCGAUGUGGUCGCCGACUUUGCCGUCGACACAGGCCUGGAAGUCCCUACACUGCGCCAUGUCGCCUUCUCGACCGACGGCGAUUUCUUGGUCAUCUCCGCCGAGGAGGGCGGGGGUCUGGCAGUGUUUGACACGGAGAAACUAAAGGCUGGAGACAAGAACCCUCGGUCUCAGAUCGGUACCGACAAGACUGCGAUUCGCGCCCUCCAGCCAAAUCCCAUGCCUGAGCUGGCCCACUACUACGCUGCCGUUCUCGAGACUGGGAGGCUGGUCAUUGCCGACGUGGAGAAUGGUGCGACAAACACGAUCAAAGAGGACGGUGUUAGCUGCGUGGCUUGGAGCACGCGUGGAAAGGCCGUCGUUGCAGGCCUACAAGACGGUAGUGUCGCCAUCCUCCUGAGCGACGGAACUCUAAAAGGCGUGGUGCCACGUCCUCCUGAGGUGGACGAGAGCUUUGCUGUCACUGGUCUAUCCUGGCUGACCAACGACGAGUUCUUCAUUAUCCACUCGGUCAAACAGCAAGACCCGGAAGACGCCCAGGACAGCAAGUACCACUACGUCAAGAGCAACAAAGGAUGGACAAGCUUCAAAUUUAGGGAACUUAUCUGGGAUCCAGUUGCGCCAUCACGAGACGGCAUUCCCCGGCCACUGCCUCCUCGUUUCUCUGCUAUGCGCCUACGGAACUGGCAGCCGGAUCUCGAAGACAUGCUCAUCGUCACCAACUCACAUACAGACGCCAUCGUCGUCUUCGCGUCGACUAGCAAGGCCAUUUCUCCUGACCAGGCCGGCUGUAACGAGCUCAUGCUCGUUGGUGUCGACGACUCCAAGAAGGCUGCUGUGCCGCGGACGGUCUAUGGAGAGGAUACAGAUAGUAUUUUUGUCGGCGAAGCGCUCGAUCUUUCUAGCACAGAAAAGAUCAGACGGCCCAUUCCCGCACUAGAAGAGAUUGAGGAGGCCCCAUGGCCGUUACCCGCGUACAUGGCUCUGACACAUGAAGGAGUGUUGGCAUCGUGGUGGAUAGUUUGGAAUCGAUCCAUUGAGGCUGGCACGCGCUAUCCUGGUCUCAUCUUUGGCAGCCCCGAGACUGCACAGGCAAGCACUACGCCUGCGAAACCCACGCCACAGCCGGGUUCCGUCUUUGCUCAAUCUUCUACUCCAGUCUCACAGAUUCCACAGGCCUUUAGCAAGCCAUUGUCCACUUUUGGUACACCACCAAGCUCGCAGGCUGGCAAUAGUGCAUCUGGCUUUGGCUCCACAACACCAUCUACACUCAUGAAGCCCACUCCCCCGGGCUUUGGUACCCCUGGUUUUGGAUCGAUUACUCCAGCCUUUGGAAAACCUGCACAGCCAGCAUUUGGCGCACCCUCAUCAAUAGGUAAGCCGGCAUUUGGGGCUCCUUCAGCCAUUGGUCAACCUGCCCAGCCAGCUUUCGGAGCCCCAUCGGCCAUCGGGACACCUGGUGGAUCGGGCUUUGGAGUUGCAGGUGGAUUUGGCAGCAAGGCGUCUCCUUGGGGAGCACCGCAAGCUUCGCAGAGUCAGGCAAAUCCAUUCUCGGCUGCUGCCAGUGGUGCGUCUGGGUUUGCCAAGUUUGGACAGACUGGGCCAACCGGAGGUUCCACGUUCUCCAGCUUUGGUAGCAAUGGUGGCACUCAGUCGGGCUUUGGCUCUCUCGGACAGAGUCAAGAGAAGCCUGGUUUUGCUGGACUGAAGGCCCAACCAAGCUUUGGGUCCACCGUCACAGUCGAAUCUGGUGCCGGGUCCACGCUUCCUUCAUGGGCCAACACACCCGCACAGAAUGGCUCGAUAUUCGGACAGAAUAAUAAAUCGUCCUUCAACACAGCCUCAUUCGAGUCGAAAGAGUCUGACAUGAGCGAUGUGAACGAGGCCGAACGCCGGCAGAGAGAUGAGGCCACACCGACACCACAGAACCCAACGGCGAAGCAGCAAGAUAAGCCGCUCUUCGGCCUUGCAGGUGGCUUCAAACUCGGUACCACCUUCGCAAGCGAUGGCACGGCGAAGGAUGAUCCGGCGAAGCCAGCAGCUCCCGCGAAUGGUUCAUUCUUCGGGAGCGAUUUUUCCAACACGCUUGGAUCUGUUGACGUGAAACCUCCUGCUACCCCUCCGAAGGAGACACCAGAGAAUGGCUCUACUACGCCGGCGUCACCGUCAAAACAGCAAGCCCUAUUUUCUAGCACCACUCCUGCCAAAGCUAGUGAGACUCCCAAGGCAGCCCCAUCGGCUAAAGAAUCGGCAACUCCCAUCGAUGAUGCACCCCUUCCUCCCGACUUCACCAAAGUCAAGCCACCCAAGGUUGAUGAUGCGCCCCUUCCCCCUGACUUUAUCAAUACUCCAUUGCCCAAAUCAAACAAGAAGGACCUGCCACCUCUAGCCGGGAGCCCUGGGAUCAAAGUCCAGGCUCCCGGUUCGUCACCUGAUGCUUUGCCUCUCGACGAUGAUGAUGAAGAAGACUUUGAAAACGUCGAGGAUGAAGCACGUGAGGGCGAAGGCGGUGAGGAGAAUGAGGAACAAGACGAAGAGGAGGAGGCAUCUUCCCCUCGACGCGAAGCUUCAAAACCCCAGUCGUCUAAAUCUGCUGGUUGGAAUUUCCAGGAAAGCGCCAGUCAAUCUCCACGCGUCUUCCCAUCUGCACCCACACCACCGAUUGCAAAGUCGGGCGCUACAUCGCAGUCUGGUGGUAGCGCCUCACCGGCUCAACCUACCUUGUUCGAAAAUCCUCCAAAACCAGCACCUUCGUCUCUCUUUGAUCAGCCGGCUCAAAAAAAUGGGCCCUUUUCGUUCGCUCCGACAUCAAUGACUGCCAAACCAAACUUCCCGCCUCCGAAGAAUCGCACUCAGAAUCUCCGUUCACCAAGCCCAGUUCGAUCAGCUUCGACUUCAGCAAUGCGAGCCCGAAGAGAACCACUGGUUGCCCCAGGCGCAACACUUAGCGCUUCCAUGCAACAAUCAAAGCCACCCACUCCCCAACCACAGGUUUCGGAUCUGGAGGACGAAGAGGAUGAGCGUAUGCGGGAACAACUCGCGCGUCCAAUCGAACCAAUGAGGACUUUAGAUGACUUCGUCGCCUAUCAAAACUAUACUGGAGGCUCACCAAACAAGACGGGCCAUGCUGCUCAAAUUGAAAUGAUCUAUAAAGACAUCAAUGGCAUGGUCGACGCACUUGGCUGGAAUGCACGCUCCAUAAAAUCCUUUACUGAGUACCACAAACAGCCGCAGUCUGGUCACCGUGUUGAUCGUCGCACGUUGGAAGACGUCCAAGACGAAGGGCAGGACGGCUCGUGGUUCGAACGAUUUGCAAUGUGUGAGAUUGAAGCAUUGAAGUCUCUGGAGGAUGAAUUGGAACAAGAGCUCGAUGCAGGCAGAGUACAAGAUGUGCUCGGCAUGCUUGCCCAGCUUGCCCGCUUGCUCCGUGAAAAGGCGAAGCUGAUGACCCGUCUCAACGACAUACGCCGACAAAUCAUCAACCGAAAAGACCCAGAAAAGACGCAAGCUCUGCGAAACGCGCCGCUACCCAAGGAAAUUGCCGACAGCCAAAAGGCUCUUCGCAACGAUUACGCACAGCUCCUCAUCUCGCUCCAAAAAGCCGAAGAAGCAGCCGCUAUCCUCCGCACAAAACUCGCCUCUCAGAACGCUUCCAACGGCAAGACCAGCGCCGUCCCCACCGUCGAAGCCGUUAAGAGCACCGUUCUAAAACUCACCGCCAUGGCGGAAAAACGCAACAACGACAUUCUACUCCUCGAAUCCCAACUCCGCAAGAUCGGCCUGACAGAUCCCAGCAGGCCUUCCUCUGCUGGCUCACGCACCCAACCACAAGCCACACCGCGCCGUGGUCGCAGCGGCAACAAUCACAACAACAAUACUACCGCACUCCGCACCAGCACAGCCGAAACCCCCUUCGCAACUCCACCUACUCGUAGCACACUCAGUCUCCGCGAACUCAACCGCCGCGCGCUCACGCCCGAGGUCGAGCCUUUUCCGACGCCUACGAACAAGGGUUAUGGACUCUUUUAUACGCCUCGCGAGGAUGAGGACGGGGAACCAUCAACGCCGGGCAGGGAGUUGGCGCGGAUGAGCGAGGUGGUGGAUGAGCAUAUUGAGGGGUUGAGGGUUGCGGCGGGGAGAAGGAGGGAUGUUGCGAGGGGGUUGAGGAGGGCGCUUGGGGAGAGGGGGGUUAGGGUUACGAGGGUUGGGUGA